CUGGGCCUCCCAGGACGGAGCAGGAAGCUUCCUGCCUGAGAGAUGACUAAUGCCUCGGGGCUUCUGGGGACGGUCAGCGCCCCCCUGGAGUUGACAACCUGGCCUCCGCCCAGCCCCCCACUGACUGUUCCUGCUGAGCCACAGAUGGACCGUGUGGGAAAUGGCUCCCAGGGGGCACCCCAACUCUUCCUCACCACCUCGCUGGCCCACGGUAUCUCGGGCAUCUUUGUGUGGAGCGCCCUGCUGCUCACCUGCCACCAGAUCUACCUGCACCUGCGCUCCUAUACAGUCCCCAACGAGCAGCGCUACAUCAUCCGCCUCCUCUUCAUUGUGCCCAUCUAUGCCUUCGACUCCUGGCUCAGCCUGCUCCUCCUAGGGAACCACCAGCACUACAUCUACUUCGAUUCUGUGCGUGACUGCUAUGAAGCCUUUGUCAUUUACAGCUUCCUGAGCCUCUGUUUCCAGUACCUGGGGGGCGAGAGUGCCAUCAUGGCUGAGAUUCGGGGAAAACCCAUCCGGUCCAGCUGCUUCUACGGCACCUGCUGCCUGGGGGGCAUGUCCUACUCUAUCGGGUUCCUGCGCUUCUGCAAGCAGGCCACACUGCAGUUCUGCGUUGUGAAGCCCAUCAUGGCCGUGAUUACCAUCAUCCUGCAGGCAUUUGACAAAUACCACGAUGGGGAUUUCAACAUCCACAGCGGCUACCUCUACGUCACGCUCAUCUAUAACGUGUCUGUCAGCCUGGCCCUCUAUGCCCUGUUCCUGUUUUACUUCGCCACCAAAGAGCUCCUGCGGCCCUUUGAACCUGUCCUCAAGUUCCUCACCAUCAAAGCAGUCAUCUUCCUCUCUUUCUGGCAGGGGAUGCUACUGGCCAUCCUGGAGAGGUGUGGGGUCAUCCCUGAGGUCCAGGUCGUCGAUGGAACCAAAGUGGGCGCCGGCACACUGGCAGCUGGCUAUCAGAACUUCAUCAUCUGCAUCGAGAUGCUCUUUGCCGCCAUUGCUCUGCGCUACGCCUUCACCUGCCAGGUGUACUCAGAGAAAAAGGAGAACUUGCCAGCACCUCCGGCGCCCAUGCAGAGCAUAUCCAGUGGCCUCAAGGAAACCAUGAGCCCACAGGACAUUGUGCAGGAUGCCAUCCACAACUUCUCACCCGCCUACCAGCACUACACACAGCAGGCCACGCAUGAGGCCCCAGGACGCAGCCAAGGAGGGCACCCUUCACCCAGCGCCUACCCCAGUGCUGUGGGUGGCUCUGGUGGGGGCAGGAAGAGUCGCAAACUCGAGAAGAGGAUGCUGAUCCCCUCGGAGGAACUGUAGAGGGGCCAUGAGGUCACCUAAUGGGACAUGCAGACCAAGCCUGAGGGAAAGGACAGGGUCCCUGGCCCACCAGCCCUCUUGCCAAAGGUCAAGCAUCUCCCAGGAGCCCUCUUGCAGAUCUGUGGAGCCCACUGCCCAUCCUACUGCCCACUGGCGGAAAGGGGCUGAGAGACUCUGCUGGAUGUCCAGGGGCCACCGAGUGGGUCUGCAGUCCUAGGAGAGAGCACCUGAGCGUAUCUGGGGUACCAGGGACCCUCUGGAUCCACUUGGCAAUCAGGUCCCUGGAUGGACAAGUUUCAGAUUGGUCAGCUGCAGAAAGAACGAAUGUGUGGAGGGGAAGCACUGGAGAGAUGAGCACAUCGGUGGGUGGGGGCCACACUACUGGAGGUGAACUGACUGGACAGGGUCUUGCUGUGGCCCUCCUGGGUCUGUGAGAGGAAGGCUUAGGUUGCUCCACAGCUCCCAAACAGCCUACCAGACCCCCAACCUCAGAGUUCCCCCACCCACAAGGCAGGUCUGAGAAGCCCCUGGGGGCUAUUUUCAGGGAAUGGAGCUUAUUUAUACACAAACACCCUGAGUUCCUAGUGGUUCUUUGGCUUCUGUUCUUGCAGGGUUAGUGCAGUGAGGUGACAAGCGAGGCUACUGAGGUAGGUCAGGGUAUGGGAGGCUCCCAAUCCACCCCAGCAGCAUGGGGCAAAGCAUGCUGGUUAAAACCAAAUGCACUGCCUGCUCACAGGGAUCCCAGCUCACCUGCCCUUGAGACUUCUGCCUCCAUAGAACAGGCCCCCUGCCAGCCUCGCCAGCAGUACAUGACGAGGCUGGCCAAGGCUGGGAGU